CUGAGGAAGCUCAACAUUUAAAAAAGUUGAUACAAUACUAUAUUGUUUCUUUCAUCAAAGUAGGAGAUAAGACUAUGUGUACUUGGGAGUCGAGGUACAAUUUGGUCAUUGGGACCACAUUUGAGAGGAAGGCAUCCACCAGACUGUCUAGCUGGCUAAAGAGCGUUCGGGAUAGUGGUGAACGUCCCGGUUGGAUGUUGCCUCAUGUUUUUGCUGAAUUGAGUCAGUAUUGGAACACAGACAAGUUUAAGGCAAUAUCAGAUCAAGCCAAAAUGGCUAGAGGCAGUCUUAAAGGUGGCUCGUUGCACACCGGAGGUGCAAAGACGGUUGGAACAAUUGCACGAGAGAUGGAAAAAGAAUUGGGACGCACUCCCAUUGAACCAGAGGUUUUCAAAAAGACUCAUGUCAGGAAGAAAGAAAAUGAGUCAGAUCCGGAUGUGUAGGUGGAGGAAAGGGUCGAACGA